GGAAGCGGAAGCGGCGCGCGGGCCGGCAUGGCGGGUGGCGCGCGGCGGGCCUGGCGGCGCGCGGCGGGCCCGGGCCGCGGGCGGCUGAGGGCGCUGCGCACUGUGGUGGCGUGGCGCGGCCGCGCGGAGUGGGACCAGGUGAUGGUGGGGCUGUACUGCGGUGAAGCGCGCCUGCAGCAGGAGGCGCUGGACCGCGUCUCCGCCUGGAAAAGCCGGUACGGUCCCAAAAUGCCCCUUGCGGUGGAUUGCACUGCUGAGCUGAUUCGUUGCAAGGUCCUGGAUUCGUCUGGUAGACUGAAGUCGCACGAGCUCAUCCUCUCCUAUGGGCUGGCUCUUGUACGGUUUGUUAACUUGAUCACAGAAAGGAAACAGAAAAUGGUCAGCAUUCCUCUGAGACAAUUAGCCAGAGAGGUGGACAUUCCCACCUGGGUUGUGGAUCUCCGUCACGAGCUGACCCACGGGAAGCUGCCACGGCUGGCCCUGUGCCGUAAGGGUUGUGAUGUUGUGCUGGACUGGCUACGAAAGACGUACUGGAGCCGUCAGCUGGGUAAUAACUUGUGUGAAGAAAGUGAGGAUGAGGACGAGGAGCGGGAGGAGGUGGAAGGAAGUGCAGAGUUGGACAGUGAUGCGUGGGAGGCUCAAACCCCACAGCAUGAGGCCUGUCAGAAACACAAGGAAUUCCAUGAAAAAGUCAGAGAUAUGCUGAUAUCCUACAAGAAUGAGCAGUUUCGGGUUAUACAGACUGUGCAGUCUGCUUCAAAGUCUCAAGAACUGUGGUUUGAUUCCUCUUCAGAAGUGGACUGGAUUUUGGCUCAGAUCAAAGACCUGAUGCAAGAGAACAGGGAAGCAGUUGCUGAAGCUCUUCUCAGUGAUGGCUUUCUCAUCCCAAAGAUGGAUUGUCUGAAGAUGCUAAAUAUCAAGUAUGAAGCAAGUAAAGAGGUAUGGCAGUUCAGAAUUCCUCAGACGUUUUACUGCUUUUGGCAGCCUUUGCUGACAAGCCUCCUCUCCCGAAGUUUUACACAGAUCCUAAUAGAAAAAAUGUUUAUGGAGUUGAAAGAAUGCUCUGACUCUUCAGAACUCCGGCCUCAGUUCUUGAUCAACUGGAUUUCUGAGAUGCUGACUGGUAUUGCCAAAGUAAACGCUGGGAAGAAAAAACAGCAUUGUAACAAACAGGUGUCUGUGAAGGGGCUGUUCCUCCAUAAAGUUCCUUUGCAGUGGAUAAGGCUGACUGAUAACUGCUUGGAAGCUCCCUGCUGGGCAACCCCGCACCUUCUUCAGCUGAUCCUCACAAUCAUGAGACCUCGCUUGCCACGUUCUUCACGGAAGAACCUUCUCUAUCUUGCUUCCGUUUACACGGAAGGCGGUGGCCCUUUGUCCAGUCCAGGCCUGUCUUCAGACUGCAGUGGGCAACCAAUUUACACUAUAGAGAGCUUACAGUGGAGGGCCAGGCAAGAAAAUCAAGUUAAAAAUCAAGGGCAGACUGCAGAGAAACAAGAAGAUGUGCUGGAAAGAGAUGAUGGUGUAGAAGAGGUGGAGGAGGAGGAAGAAGAGAUGGUAACGGAAACAAGUCCUUUGGAAGGACUCGCUCAUUCUGGCAACACAGUGGCUAUUGCUGAGAAAAGGGCAGCACUGCAAGGGUCAGCCUGGCAGAUUACUGCAGAUGAAGUACGAUGGAAAGACUUUCCUCUUGGAAAACUCCCAGGUCAGACAGAUGACCCUGAUGGUCUCAUGUUGGAUAAUUACUCCAUGAUGUCCCUGCUCGAUCAGCCAGUGAGAGAUGAGUGGAAGUCUCCCAAUACUACCUCUGCAGAACUGAAUAUUCCUGCGACGGGAGGAUUGUUAUGGACCCAGAAUGAAUUCCAUAAAAUAAAAAGUGGCCUUCAACUUUUCUAAGACAGCAGAGAGCUCUGCGACUUUCAGUAUUGCACAAGAUAAGUGGCAUGGGAGAACUGGUCAUGGUUAUGGGGAAACGGCUGCUCCAGGGUAUUUUUCUAAUGAAGAUUUACUGAUUUUUGCUGUGUAAAAUCAAUAUUUCAUAAAGGUGGUGUGUUUGAAGUUCUAUGUGUAGUAACUAUUGUCUUGCUUAACCACUGCCAUGAACUUUUAGCUUUAGUUGAUGUUUGCCAAAUUCCAUUGGAGUACUUCGGAAUCCCUCAGUGUUCCUUAUUUUUUUCAUGGUUAAUAAAUACAAUGGACUGGGGACAAACCUUUCUGCAUCCUGUUUUUCCAUUUACACUCAGAUAAAGUGGCCUCUGUUUCUCGUUAGCCAGACAGUACUUGAGCCCUUCCUAUCCCAGUGAUGCUAAUAUUGUCCUGUAUGAGUUUGGAUGAUUUCGCUAGGCUAAGAUUGUGCUGCACUUUUCAUCUAGCUAGGUUUUCACAGGAAGCUUCAGGGAUCAAGCCUAGGUUAAGCACAGCUGAAUGCACCUAGUGCAUAAAAAUCUUCUAAAUUCUCUCACCAUUUUUUCAGGUGAUGGUCUUGGGUCACUGCUACCACUUUGUAACUGCACCUGUCUGCUUGAUGUUAUUUCUGUUCUUGAUUUUGCUGAGGUUGGUAACCAGCACUGUGGUCUUUACUGAGAAGUGGUAUGAUUACUGUAGAAACAGACUCGAGUGCUUCGGAAGGUUGUUUAGGAAAAGGACUUCUGGCUGGUUGGUUUUUUUCCCUAAAUUCAUGGGUUUUAACCUGUACUAAGGGUUAUUGGAACUUGGAGGCUUCUGUAAUUACCUGUCAAAAAAUAGUUCAAACAUAUAUUUAUUGCAGGACUCCUCAGUAAGAAUUUGUUGGAUUGUACCUGCUAGAGGGCAAGACAGGGCCUUUCUCUGCAUCAGUCGAAUGAUUUGCAGUGCGUACAGACCACACAGAAACAGGAACAUGUCAGUGCCACUUUGUGAAAUGGAAUCUCUUUAGUUCUGUAGAACCACUGACAUUGUGUGUAGCUGUUCUGUAGAGAUACAAAUGGGAUGUGCAGCCAUAGUGUGGCACUGGGUAGUAUUGAAUUGUGAGUUCAGAACAGCAGCUUUGUGGAUGCUUUGGGCUGGCCCUGAAGUAAAGGCUCAGCUCAGUCUCUGUAACGUAAGUAUUACAUGUGUAUUCUAAUUUUUUGUCAUCCUGUUCUACUCUAGUUGCUCUCUACUAGACAGCCAAAAGUUGUUUAAAAUGGAAGAUGCAUUGUAUGUUUCCUUCUCUAAAAACAAGCAGUGCUGAUGCAAGAGAAAACAAACUUCUCUUUUUCUGUUAGGCAGGAUUUUUCAUGUAAGCCCUUCCCCUUUCUAGUAUUUUUAGAAUUUUCUCCUUUUACCCAGUAGUUCCUCAAACUUAUUUAGGAAAGGCUGAGUGAAGAGGAUUUGUUCUUUUUUUCCUCUGUUUGGUAGAAUAUGAAAUUACUUAAAUUAUUGUAUUUGGUACUUCUGAGGUCUGCCAAUGCAAGCAAGCGUAACAGUUGAAAAAGGAAGGAGUGGUGCUUGGUGAGCACUGCGCUGUGUGCAGCCUUCCCCCCUUUAGAAAAGGUUGACUUAGUAAAAUGAUGGGCUGCUGUGGUUUCUUUGCCAGCCACAGUCACUGCCCUGUGUAUCUGCCAUCACCCCAGUGGGCAAGCGAUGGAAUAAAAACCCUGAUCUACUUGCAGAGUCAAAUGAAAGAGUUAAACCCAGUGUGGGGAAAGCAUAGGCCCACCAGGUGCUUUAAAAAAAGGAUAUAGAGAUGUAAGAAGCCAGGGUAACGGCGGUGUUUGACUGCUAUUGGUGAUGGAUGUGUUAGGAACAGUGGAGGAGGUCAAGGCCUGGGCCUGCUGCUCGUGGGGCCCGUGACCCAGCCUGGCUUUUGCCGCCUUGUGAGUUUCUUUUCAGUGUUGUGCCUGGCUCUUUAAGUCUUUCAUAUUCUUUUUUCCCAUGACCAAAGGGAGCUGCUCUGACGAGGACUCUGGUCCUGCUCAGCGGUUACAGUUUUGGGGAGAAAACCAGAACAGCACAACUGUCCUGUGGAAUCUAAUUAGUCUUGGUUUUCAGGAGGCUUGAGGAUGUAAAUUAAGCACAAGUUUCCUGGGAUUAAGGAAAAGCAGCUUUGUAAUACAGGGGUCUUACUGAGUUUAGUUGGUUCUGUGCAGCCUUCUGACUUGCCUGGUUCCUCGCCUGUGUGAGAUCAGUGGGGAGAAGUUCAGGUAAAUCCAGAACGCCAUGAUCCUCGUGUAUCAUUUUCUUCUCGUCGGCUUUUCUCCUGCUUCCCCAUGAGUUAAAGCUGUUUGAGUCAAAGCGUAACAACUGACGUGGUGUCACCUCCUUCCGAGUGAGGGAAAUUGUCAUGUGUUAGAAUCAUGAAGGAAAAGACUGGCUGAGGAUGUCGUCGUAAUGGGACAGCAGGGCCUGAAGAGCACUCUGUCCUCUGCUUUUUGAAGAGGAGUAAAACUCCUGUCCUGCUCCUGUGCAGAUGGGAAACAUAAGCAAUAUGGACAAUUUCAGAACCUGGGUAAUUUUUCAGUAAUCAGCCAAGAAUACUAUGAAAAAAUUUGGACAGAUGACAGCAGUUGUUUUAGACAGAGUAACACUUUUGGGGCUCUUGCCUACAGAGGGUUACAAAAUAAAGAGCUAGAAACAUAAUCCAAUGGCUCUCAGUUUUAUUAAAUAAGCAUUUUUAAUAUAUAUAACAUAUGUCAUGUGAUUAAAUUGUGCAAACCUUUUAACACAGAGCAGGAGGGCAGAAUAGGUAACAGCCUUUAUUUCCUUCUCUCAAAUCUCUUAAUACAAGCUUUAAAUACCACAGACAAAAUGACAGCUGUUGCGUAACAGCUCUGAAGAGGUCAACCCAGCACUGGCACGAGAACAAUUCAGUGAUUGCACACUUAAAUUUUUCCAGGUGGAAUAUUGCAAGAGAUGCAGUUGUUCAGGGCUCUGCCACACCCAGGCUGUGAGCGCGUCAGAAGAGUACAAGCACCAAGCACUCUCCCCGGAUCUAAUGAUCCGAGUGCUCCGAGUCCCGUGCUACCAAUACUUCAGGGAAACUUUGGCAAGCCAAGAAAAAGUAAUAUUUCAACUCUGUGGAGCAAAGUCUCACUGAAACACUGCAUGUUCCUUCUCUCUAGCAUGGAGUUUUAACAGUUACUGUAGUCAGACUAUGCCCCUCACGCUGUUCCUGUUUGGGGUUUGGUCACAUCACAGGUAUCUUUAACCAGAUUAUCUGGACAGUCUUUGCAUGUUCUGACUUUAUCAUUAAGAAUUCAAUAUGUUAAAAGUUGCGAUUUGAGGCAAACUGGUAUUAAAAGUAGUGGGGAAUUCACCUAUGCAGAUGGCUUGGGUUUGUUUGGUUUCUUUUAAUGAGGAUUCUUCUGCUUGUCCCAAGCAGCCAUAUGUAUGCCUUCUGUUUUUACAUUUACAGUUAAAGCAUUUGUACAGCAGCAGCAGACUCAGCCAGUGAAUGAAUCCAUGCAGCAGCAACCAGAGCAGUGCACACUUAUUACUACCAAGAUUUACAAAUACCACAUACUGGUUAAACAUCCAUUGUCACUCAUUUUGUCAUUAAGACUUACGUUAUAUUUGGGUUGACCAAAAAACCCAAAGAGAUUUAUAAAAUUUUACAACAAUUAAACAGUAAUGUUUAAUUCUAGAAAUUAAUUAAGCCAGCUACUGCAGCUCAGUACGACAACAACAUGACUAACAGUAGUGAAAACAUCUAUAUAUACAAUUUAAUAUAUUACUGACAGGUAGUUGUUAAGAGAAAAAACCCAAACAUUAAAUAACUUGGACAUCUUGUAAAGCAUUUGAUUUUUGAUUCAUGAAUUUAAGAUUAUACACUUUUAAGUGACAAAUGUGUGCAAGUAAUGUAGCUGAAGAUGAAGGAUCAGUCACUCAGAACUCCAGAGAAUGCUCUGGCCCCUACUGAGUGCUGAAGCCAGCUGCUCAAUUCCAGCUGAGCCCAGUAGCCAGCAUUUCACCUUCCCGCCUUUUUUUUCUCUCUCAUCUGGAUAUGUAGUUUCAAGAAUUUCAUUAAAAUAUAGUUUCUAGAGCUGUUCUUUUACAUUUUUAAAAACAUUUAAAUAGCAUGCUCUCAAAAAGAGCAUUUAUACAAAGUCUGUAUUUACAAUAUAGACAGUUGUGAUCAGGUGUAACGAGAUCAGCUCUUCCGUUUAAGAAGAUCUAAGCUUAUGUGCUGAACAUUAAUGAACAUGUCAUUGUUUCGAAUUGGCUUGUAAACAUUUGAAAAAAAGAUGUGGAUGAGCGAGUUACCACUUCAUGCAGUUGAUUACGAAAGACCAGGUCACGUACAAAAGUUUCAUUACCUCUACAGAGGGCCAAACAAGCACAAAAUCUGCACCUGAUUCCCAGAGGCUGCACUGCCCAUGCCGUGACGCUGCGCGUGGCAGAUGCAGAUCACUUCUUAAAAAAAGGCAAGUUGCUUUGAAAGUGCCUCAGGGAAAUCGUAUGUGGGGUUUGUAUUGGUGUGGCAUUCCCAUUUCUUAAAAAGAAAUUGUUCUAUCAGUAAGACAAAAGUAAGUGGAAAUUAGAAUGACUAGAUAAAUCUUACAAAAUUAAGUAUUUCCACAAACCAACCAAGACUUCAUACAGAAAUUUCUGCUCAGUUUUCCACACUAGAAAACAUCAAAAACACCUAUUAAAACUUUCUUAAAAUAGCUUAUCUUUGUAAUUGAAGAGAAAGGGAACAAAUGUUAUUCUACAUACAAAUAUUUAAUUCCAUGCAAGAUGGAAAAUGUGAGUGCACAAUAAACUUAAUUUUAUACUUAAAUAAUUUAUAAAUUAAUCCAUUAAGAAUAAAGCAGGGUCUAUAGCAAUUAUAGUUACAUUUCAAACACAUGCAAAUGAGUUAACAGCAACAUCUGAACAUAAAGUUUAGUGCAAGAAUGUGUCUGCUUAAUAAGUAGACUAAAGAACCACAUAACGCUGCCAGGCGUGCACACAGCAUCUGCGCACAUCAAACUGGUGCUGAAAGUUGUCCUUGUUUGUCUAUAAACUACAAGUGCCCAUUUUAAAUAAAAAAGGUCCACAGUUACUCAUGGGCUACUUCCCUGUGACACAUGGUGUCACAAACAUUGUGGUGAAAAUGUAAUACUGAAGUUAACCUAGAGAUUAUUUUUGGUUUUUAUACACAGUUUUUAUACAAUCAAGAAAAAGAGAUACAAUUUGUAUCAACAAACAAAAGGUCAUUUCUGGUUAUUUGAGGCAUUGCUCUCAGCUGCUUACACCAUGCAAGAGAAGAGAAGAAGAAUUAACUCAAACUAAAAAUAUAAAAUGCUGGUUAGUAAGAAAUGUUUUUGAAACAUGGUCGAGUUAAAUCUGUUUUCCCCAACUAUUUCAAGCCUCUGAAGACUUAUUUUUUCUAAAUAGCAGAGGUGAUGAUAACCAACUAAUUAAAACUUAAGUUAUUUUUAAAUGCCAAGUGUAAAUGCAGAAUCACCUUCAAGUUAAUGCAUUUUAAAUGACACAGUUAUUAUAGAUAUAACCUGUACCAAUAUGAGAAUAUUGAUUCUGUGUGAAAUAAUGCAGUUAUCAAAUGUCAGUAAGUUAACUGAAGUUGCAUCCGUAACUGUGGUUUGUUGUUAAUUUGGGGAUUUUUUUUGGUAUGACAGCAACAUAUUUUGCACAUGAUAAGGAGCCCAGAAGAUAUUUUGAAUCAAACCAACCACUACAGUAACACAAGUGGAGGAAAUGGUAGAACUCUCUUCCUCAGACAGACAGAGGACAAGAAAGCAGCAUGCAAGCCAUUAUCAAAACACCAGAAACAACCCUGACUGCAGCCUCGCGUUCCGUGUGUUUCACGGUAAGAAACAUUUAGGCAGUGUCACACCUUCUCAUGAAGAAACAAAAGGCCAUAAACCAGGCCUUCUCAACUUUCAUGAAAAAACUACAGUAGAAGUCAACAAGUCCUAGCUCGAGCUGUGCCGAGUUAGUAAUGCUUUGAAAUGUGGAAAUAUACAGCGGAGUCAAAAAAGGGCGUCCGAUCAGUGCAGCUUAAAAAACAAUAACGCCUCUUUUGGAGACAUUUAGCUACAAAGGUUCCCACCCUGAGGAAAAUACCAGUUGCGCAAACAAUGCCACAGACCCGCUAAAACAGGCACUCUAAAUCCUUCACCAGGCAAAUGCACACCUUUGCAUGGAUCCCAGGAGCAAGCACCAGGCCAGCUUUGCCAAAGACUGAAACUGUAGCGUCUCUUUUUCCAGAAGCAGCCUUCAACCCCCAACCUACCCAUAUCUCGUGCAGCCAUCUGGAGUGUUAGGCUUGCUCACACACCAUCCUUGCUUCCCAAAGAAGGUCUGUAGUUAUGGAUGAGCUUCCAUGCUAACAUCCAUUUUCUGCUGCUUCAGGUCAAGCAAUCCAGUUUACAUAAAAAUAACCAUUUGCUUUCAGCUUCUUUGGCAAGCAGCUGCUCCCUGCAGGGUAGACAGGCAAUUCUGAAGAGAGAUGCUACAGUUUAACAUCUUUUAGUUUAUUGAGUGGCACUCCUACCUUUAUAGUCCUUCAUGUUUUGUUCCUAAUUCCAUGAACUACUUGGCUUCUGCUGGAUUGAGCCAACAUUUUGGACAAUGUAACAGAUACUCAAACUCUUGGAGAACAGUUUUAAAAUUUUAAGUGCCAACAGCACUGACAUUCAAAAGCUGAAAUCAAUUUUUCCUUUUACAAUUUGAGUAUUUUAAUUUUUGUCAAGGUUCCUUUUUCUUCAAUAUUUAAUAUACCAGUAGGCAGUGUCAACUGACAAAGCUGAAACCCUAAAAGUUGUCUAGGUGUCUAUAGAGCAUACUUUUAAAGGCCUAUUAGGCAUUUAUAAGCAAAUUGAAAGUUUACACUAAUACAUGCAAUAUAAUUGCUAAAGGUGAUUUUGUUGUAGCAGCUUUGUGACACUGAAUGUGACACUGUGGUUCUUGAUGAGCUAUCCAUGCAGCAAGGUAUGCAUUUCCUUUAAAAUACUAAUAAAAAUUCCUAUAUUUAAAAUCUUAAAAUUUACAGUACAAUCAACUCCUACUUAGUGCCUCAAAAUAUACACGAUUGUUACUGUGUACAGAAUUUUAUACUCUCUUAGUAGAAAAUAUUUACAAAGGGUUGGCCCCUUCCUUCUUUGCUUCAGUUUUCCCCUAGGCCCUAUUCACUGUAUG